CUCGAUGACUACGAUCGUCAACGACGCCAGCUCAAUCUGAGGGAGAAGGCCAUGUCCUUUGCUUUCCACAAGGAGGCCACCGCCUCGGACCUCGAGCGCCGGGCCGACCAGGUUCUCCAGCGCUUCAAACGACAUGACAAGGUCGAAGUAUACGAUGCUGCAGAGCCGAGGACGGGCUGGCGUGGUCAGAAGCACCCUCGGUUCCCGGGCGACCACUUCCUCGCCAACAUCGACCUCAUCGAGAAGACCAAAGUCUUCAAAGUGGCGCAGAUGGCCCCCAAAGGAGCGCAUCUACAUAUCCAUUUAAACUCGUGCCUUUUGCCGGUCGUGCUGCUGGACGUGGCGAAGACGAUGGAUCGCAUGUUUAUCUGGAGCAACAUGCCCCUCGUGGAGAGCGAGGCACACGCCUUCGACCGGUGUGAGAUCCAGUUCUCGAUCCGAAGUGUCGAGCGAGAGAGGGAGAGACCCGGUGGGAACCUGUUUGACCCGAACUACCAGCCCGGCCAAGAAAUGAGGUUCGACGAAUUUCUCGAAUCCUUCCCCAGGGACCGAAGGGGAGAUCCGGAGAGCUGGUUGGUCCAAAAGCUCAUGUUCUCCGAGGAAGAAGCCCACCAUCACUGUCAAACGGCUAAAGGGGCCUGGGCGAUUUUCAACGGCCGAACCCGCAUGAUGAAGGGUCUCUUCAACUACGCCACAGCGUACCGAACCUACACGAGGCGUCUGUUGGAAGACUUUGUCAGGGACAACAUCCAAUACGCCGAGAUCCGCCCGAACUUCAUGUCCACGAACCAGCUCUGGACCGACGACGGAACCGAGCAGAUCGGCAACGAGGGCAUCAUGACGAUCAUCAUAGAAGAGACCGAAGCCUUCAUGAAAGAGCGCCCGCACGCGUUCGGUGGUAUGAAGGUCAUUUACUGCACGCCCAGGUGUUUCGACAACGCGGAAGUCAAGUUCGCGCUCGACGAGUGUCUCAGGUUCAAGCAACAGUGGCCCGAAUGGAUUGCCGGCUUCGACCUGGUAGGGGAAGAAGAUAUGGGCCGCCCCCUGAAGGACUUUGUCCCCGAGUUUUUGGAGUUCCGGAAGAAGUGCAGGGAGGCCAACGUCGACAUCCCGUUCCUGUUCCACUGCGGCGAGACGCUCGACAUAGGCAACGAGUCUGACGGCAACCUCUUGGACGCGCUGCUUCUCAACGCGAAGCGAAUCGGUCACGGAUUUGCCCUUGCGCGCCACCCUUACAUCAUGGAGCAGAUAAAGAAGCAGAACGUUUGCCUCGAGCUCUGUCCCAUCUCCAACGAAAUCCUGGGUCUCACGCCUCGCGUGGGGGGCCACCCCAUGUAUAAUCUGCUUGCCAACAACGUCCACUGCACCGUAAGCUCUGAUAACGGAACGUUUUUCGGGUCAACAUUAUCCCACGACUUUUACCAGAUGAUGGUCGGUAAGAGCGAUAUGACCCUCCACGGAUGGCGACAACUCAUCGAAUGGAGUCUCGAACACUCCUGCAUGGACGACAAGGAAAGGGCAAGGGUGUACGAUAUGUGGGAGGGGCGCUGGAAUCAAUUUCUGCAUGAGGUUAUCGACCUCGGUAUGAAGGAAGGGUUCCUGUAGGUCGCCGUUCUUUUCUUUUCUUCUCUUUUCGUUUCUUUUUUUCUUUUUCUCUUCUUAUUUUUCUUUUUUCCUCUCUCUUGACUUUCUCAGUUCGACAUUCGACGCACGAUGCUGCGGCUCAAAUAAGAGCGGAACAGACGACAGACGAGAACGGAGUUGGCGGUGUUUAUUUGACCUGGUCGGAUGGGACAUUGGGCUAGAUUUUAUUCGUCUUGUCCAGUUUCCACUAUUAUUGUUUUUUUUUCGUUUAUUUUCUCAUCCCUGGAAGAAAUGUUGGUCACGCGACUUUGCUACCGAGAGGUUAGACGCAGCGUUUAUG